UGACACGGUGGACACGCUUUGCGUUUUGACGGAAGACUCCGGGAUGAGACACGUCCAUGUUGGUGCAUGUCUUUUCUUAACCACUAAAUACUUUAACUGAUUAUUUUUCAAGCCCAGAAGGACGAGUGUUUUGACGCGCUCUUCAUGGUGCGAACUCAAGUUUAGGAGAAGAAUAAAACAAGAACACCUCUCAGCCAGGAUAUCCAGUCUGUAAGUCAGCUUUGUCUGUUUCUCCCCUUAAAAAAAAUCCUGCUUCCGGGGUCCUUCUUGUUCAGACCACCGCAACAGCGAUGCCAGAGACAACGCAAGAGGCGUGCGCUCCGGCCAAGGAUUCUCCUUUCUUCAUUAAGAACCUGCUGAACUGUGAUAGUAAACCAUCCAAGCCCAAGCCGAUGUUGGCUGCCACCAAGGCGGCCUUAGAGGGAGGAUUUUCCCUUUCACAGGUCGGGGAUUUCAACUUUCCACGCUUUGACUUGCCCGCACAGAGGUUCAGUCUACCGGCACACUACUUGGAGCGCACCUCGGCGUGGUGGUACCCCUACACCCUCAGCUCAGCCGCUCACCUACACAGAACCGAAGUCACUGAGAAACCAGCAGCCAGAGACUCCUCUCCAACCUCGGGUACGGACAGAGACUCUCCCGACCUGGUACUCAAAUCCGAGCCGGAUGCCAAAGACGACGACGAGGAGGAUGAGCACAACAACAAAAGCAGUGAUGAGAUAAUCCUGGAAGAAAGCGACACGGAAGAAGCCAAAAAAGAUGAGCUGGAGGAGUGGAAGAAGAGGGACGAGGAAAAAAAGCCGUGCCGCAAGAAGAAGACACGCACGGUUUUCUCGCGGAGCCAGGUGUUCCAGCUUGAGUCCACCUUCGACAUGAAGCGCUACCUGAGCAGUUCGGAGCGAGCGGGCCUGGCCGCGUCCCUCCAUCUGACGGAGACUCAAGUGAAAAUUUGGUUUCAGAACAGGAGAAACAAGUGGAAGAGACAGCUGGCCGCGGAGCUGGAGGCCGCCAAUCUGAGCCACGCCGCGGCGCAGAGGAUAGUCCGGGUGCCCAUUCUUUACCACGAGAACUCUGCCUCAGAAGGCGGGGGCGCCGCUGCGAACGUGCCCGUGAGCCAGCCGCUGCUCACCUUCCCGCAUCCCGGUGUCUACUACUCCCAUCCCAUAGUCACAUCAGUGCCGCUGCUCAGACCGGUUUGAAAACAGCUGAGUUUUGUGGCAACAGUUGGUAUCUCACCUCACUAAAAAGUAAAGAAAAAAAAAAAGACAAUAUUUUUAUACAUGUUCACAAAAAGAAAAAGAAGAAAAAUUAGAGGAGACUGUCA